UCGUAGGUUGCGCUGGAAUCAGAUUCGAAUUGCCAAUUUCCCAGAAUAACGAACAUUUUGUAACUUUGGCGCGAACGGCAUCGUUAAUUUGUUGUUUGAACUUCUUGGGAUAUACGGUUUUUUGUCUUGAAUAGAUUCAUCGAAGAACGAUACAAGAAUGAUGGAUGAUACGACUACAUCACGUCUAAAGGCGUACGUUAUCGAUAGCAACAAUGCACUUGAAUUUAAAUUGGUUCGCGAGGAAAAAGAUCUCGAAGACGACGAAACGACUUUUGCUCCAGAAAUGUCGCAUCAAGUUUUUGGCGAUAGUGAAACGAUAUUCGGCUAUAAAGAUCUGAGGGUAAAACUGUACUACAGUGCUGGGUCGUUGGAGACGUACUUAGGAAUGGUCUAUUCAGAAAAAUUGGACACUCAAGCUUAUGAAGGAGUCAAGCCGGAUAAAGUUUUGUCCAAAGUUUCAGAAAAGCUUGCCCCACAAGUACACGAUAAUAUGGAUUCAUUUGUUGCUUCACUACAAAAAGAUGACAACUUUAAACCAUACGGCGAAUUGUUGCAUUCUUUCACGGUAGACGAUAAUGGAAAUAAUCGACAAUUCGAAGUUUACAAGGCUGACAUGUCUUACAAGGGAUUUGCCACUUAUCAUCAACGUUUGCAAACAUUUCUGCUGUGGUAUAUAGACGCUGCAAAUUUUGUCGACAUUGAUGACGAUCAGUGGCACUACUUCAACAUGUUUGAAAAGUACACUUCAACAUCAGGAACCACCCGGUACGGAACAAUUGGGUUUGCAACAGUUUAUCAGUAUUAUGCGUACCCAAAUCACACCAGGCCGCGCAUAGCUCAAAUUUUGAUUUUACCACCGUUCCAAAAUUUGGGUCUUGGCACCGAAUUGGUGAAAGCUAUUUAUCGUGAAUAUGUAGGAAGGAGUGAGGUUAAAGAUAUAACAGUUGAAGAUCCUUCUCAGAGUUUCCAACGAUUGAGAGAUUUCGUGGAUGCUACUAAUUGUGAGACAUUACCAAGUUUUGCUCGACAAUGUUUGGUUCAAGGUUUCAACAAAAAUAUGGCACUUGAGGCGAGAGAGAAGUUCAAGAUUAAUAAAAGGCAAGCACGAAGAGUAUACGAAAUAUUGCGUUUACGCUACACGGAUAUUUCGAAUGAGGAGGAAUAUCGGGAGUAUCGUUUGGACGUGAAAAAGCGAUUAAACAUUCCAUACAAGAGAGAACAGCACGAUCAAAAGAGAUUGGAAGCGGCUUUGAAGACUCUCAGUAAACAAGGAAACGUGCCGCUCCCGGCUGGCGAGCAACGUAUGCAAAUUUUGGAGAAAGAUUAUCGAGCUCUCGAAACAGAAUACAAAAAAGUAAUAAGCCGAUUGGAUGAAACGUCGGAGCAGUGACAAUGGACAUAGGAGCCAGGUAACACGAAGUGAUAAAUCUAAAAUGAAAAUAAAAAAAUAAAGUAUUCUGGUGAGAUCGAGAAAAGAAAAUAGAUGCUCGAAGAGAGAGAGAGAGAGAGAAAGCUCGAAACGUUGAGUAACUUCCAAAAAGGUUUGUCCGACGAAUUAUCAAUGGUCGUGAAGACUGUUUUCGUAUAAUCAAUUCAUUUGUUCUGUAAUUAAUCAUAUGCGCCCAGUUAUAAUAUUUUUUUAAGUUAUCAUCAUUUUUGUAUCAUUGAGCGAUUUCAACUUGUACUGUAAAUAACAUUUCCGUUACUGUACAUCAAAGGAAAAAAGAAAGCAAGUCAAGAAAUUAAAGAAAAAGUGUUUUUCAUUCGACCCCGA